AUGGAAUUAGCUGCCCUUCUGACGUCGGCGGGGAUCAACAUCUCCCUCUGCAUCCUCUUCCUCAGCCUCUACUCCAUCCUCCGCAAGCAGCCGCACAACUUCGGCGUCUACUUCGGCCGGCGCCUCGCCGAGGCCAAGUUCCGGGACCAGGUCGACUACUUCUCCUUCGAGAGGCUCCUGCCCACCGCCGGCUGGAUCGUCAAGGCCUACUGGUGCACCGAGGAGGAGAUCCGACGCGUCGCGGGGCUCGACUCAGUUGUCUUCCUAAGGCUCUUCAUCUUCAGCAUACGCAUCUUCUCCAUCACUACUUUUAUCUGUGUGUUCAUUGUGCUCCCUGUAAAUUACCAUGGCCAAGAAAUGUCCCACACGCAUAUUCCAGAGGAGUCACUCAAUGUCUACACCAUUGCGAACCUCAAGGAAGGAUCACCAAAGCUCUGGGUGCAUUGCGUUGCUUUAUAUAUCAUAACAAUCGCGGCUUGUAUUCUUCUUUAUCAAGAGUACAAGUAUCUUUCAAGGAAAAGAUUAGCCCAUAUUACAGGAUCAACGCCAAACCCGGGUCAUUUUGCGGUACUUGUUCGUUCCAUUCCCAAGUCAGGCAACGAGCUUCUUGAUGACACCAUCCGAAAUUUCUUUGUUAACUAUCAUGGAGCUAGCUACUUGUCACAUCAAAUGAUCUAUCGGAAAGGGAAGUUGCAGAAGUUUGUGGAUAAUGCAGAGAGAGCAUACAGGAAAUUUGUAAGAGUAAAACUUUCGGUAUUUGACCAGAACGUGCGGUCAAGCUUGAACAGAUGUGGUCUCUGCGGAGUACGUGCUUCCUCGUUUCAGCUUUACCGCAAUAAGUUCGUCGAUGCCAAGAAGUCAGACCUCACUGAUCCAGAAGUAGUCGAAGCUCAAAAGGACUGUCCAGGUGCUAUAGUGUUCUUCAAGACUCGCUACGCGGCGAUUGUCGCUUCACAAGUUCUCCAAUCUUCGAAUCCUAUGCUAUGGGUGACCAAUGCGGCCCCGGAGCCACGCGACGUGUACUGGUCGAACCUCUGGAUCCCCUAUAGGCAGAUCUGGCUCCGGAAAAUAGCGACACUCUCAGGUAGUGUCUUUUUCAUGUUUGUCUUCAUCGUCCCCGUCGCGUUUGUUCAGAGCAUGAUGCAGCUGGAUCAGCUUAAGAGGAUGUUCCCACACCUGAAAGGUACACUGAAGACGUCUUUUUGCGUCAGAGUCAUAACGGGAUACCUCCCUAGCGUUGUUCUGUUGCUGUCCCUGUACACCGUUCCUCCCCUGAUGAUGCGCUUCUCGUCGAUCGAGGGUUCGAUUUCUCGCAGCGGCAGGAAAACCAGUGCGUGCACCAAGAUCUUGUUCUUCAACAUCUGGAAUGUGUUCUUUGUGAAUGUGCUGUCAGGAUCUGUGCUCAAUCAGCUAAAUGUGUUAACAAGACCCAAGGACAUGCCAUCUAUGCUAGCUGAGCUGGUGCCGAAACAGGCAACAUUUUUUAUCACAUACGUCCUGACAUCAGGCUGGGCGAGUCUCUGCUCCGAGAUACUGCAAGUGUACAACCUAGUGUACAACUUCUUCAGGAGAUGCAUAUUUGGUUACCUGGACGAGCCGGGAUACGUUUACUCUUUCCCUUACCAUACCGAAGUCCCAAAAGUCCUCUUGUUCAACCUGCUUGGCUUCACGUUUUCGAUCAUGGCGCCUCUCAUACUGCCUUUCUUGCUCGUCUACUUUUGCCUUGGCUACCUGGUUUACCGCAAUCAGAUUCUGAACGUGUACUACCCAAAGUAUGAGAUGGGAGGGAAGCUGUGGCCUAUCAUGCACAACACCAUGGUGUUCUCCCUGGUGCUGACGCAGAUCAUAGCGCUGGGCGUGUUCACCAUCAAGAAUUCCCCGGUGGCCACGGGGUUCACCAUCCUCCUCCUCAUCGGCACCAUCCUCUUCAACGAGUACUGCAGGCAGCGCUUCGCCCGCAUAUUCAACUCCUUCUCCGCCCAGGACCUUAUAGAGUUGGACAGAGAAGAUGAGCAGUCCGGGAGGAUGCGAGAGAUCCACGAGCACCUCCUGGACGCCUACUGCCAGUCUCCCCCGGGCAGCGGAGGCGGCGACGACGAGGUCCCGAUCGAGAUGAUCCUGGAGGACCCCGCUCAGGAGGCGUCCAACUCCAGCCAGGAGCUCUGCGACACGGUGCAGGAGGUGGCUGGGUCCAUACAGGAUCACAUCGAGGAGAAGUGA